AGACCACACACACCAGGACAGAGGAGCGUCAAUAUUUCACCUCCAUCUCCCCUUUCUGAGUACUUUAUCUUUAUUAUCAAUUUAACUUCCAUCCACAGGAUUUAAUCAUCACCUGAUUUUUUUUUGUUGUGAGAGGGGAAUGGAGCAGAUUGCGUUGAGCCGAUGAAAAGUUUUUUUGACUAAUCUACACGAGGGAAGAAGAACAUCCUCAUCAUCCUCAUCAUCAUCAUCAUCAUCGGCUUAUUUCAGCUCGUGCAGUGGAUGAAGCUCAGAGAGCGCACACAACGGAAUAAAGGGAUUUGGAGAAAAUGACAAGUUUGUGCGGAGUCCAUCAACACCAGCUCAUCCUGUUAUUGGCUGCUGCCAUGGUGAUGGCCAUUGAUUCGUCACACAACCUGGCCAGUGAGAGGAGUUCGAUAGAAAGCACGUAUGAACUCACCAAGUACCUGGAGUAUCAGCUCAAGGAAAUCAAAGACGUAUAUCUCACCUACCUAGGCCCUCCAUUCAACGAGAAAGACUUCUCCCCCCCGCGGCCCAACAGCACGGCUCUGUCCCUGCCCAUUGCCGCCACCCGCCUGGAGCUGUGGCAUGGCCUGGAGAACCAAGCCCGACUUGCCCAGAACCAGAAGGCCUACUCUGUGCUGCUGGCGGCUGUCAGGGAGCUAGCCCGCUCCACCCUCUGCCCCUCCCUCAAGACCUCCCUGCUGCACUUUUGCACGGGCCUGGACGGACUGCUGGGCUCUAUAUCUGCGCUGAUGACCACGCUCGGGUACACGCUUCCUCCUCCAUCUGCAAACAUGAGAAGUAGCGCUGGCGAGCUGCAAUACCCUCAGAGUGGGAUAGGAGGCGACCGGCCAGCUCCACUGAUGAGCCAGAGCCUGUAUAGGUCCAGAGCCGGGACUAGGACGGAAGCGGGUCACCGUAACAACCAGAAACGAAGUGGGAUGAGGGUGGUCAGAGGAGAUCGCGAGGAUGGCGUCAACGUGGACCUGAUAGAAAAGAAAAGAGCAAAAGAGGGGGGGAGAGCUGAGACGACUUCAGCUGGAGGAAGGAGUGGCGGAUCGAGGGAAAAGGGAAGAGGAGAAAGAGGGAGGAGAGGAAAGAGGGAGGAGCCUGAGAGCAGGAUAUGGACCGCCAGCGAAGACGAGAGAGCAGGGGAGGAGGGAGAGGAGGAGCUCGAGCGAGAGGUAGGGGUGGAGAGAUGGGGGAGGAGGUUGUUGAGCAUCAGCGAGGAUGGCGAGGAGGAGGGGAGGCAGUCGGAACCUGGGGUCGAAUUGUCGUACCUGGACACGCAAAGAUCCGUCUCCCUUCUGCAACCAACCAUCGUUGACAACAACAACAAUCAGUACAGCUACAACCUGAACUCACGUCACACAGACACCAUCAGAAAGGAAGAUGGAUUUUUUGUGGUGAAUAGCAGAGGGUUAAUGCUGGAGGAGGGGCAGCAAACAAAUAUGGAGGCGGCCUCCUCUUCCUCAGCUUUCUAUCACCAGCGUCGGCCUCCUCGCUCCCUCUUCCCCCCCACACUCCAACCUCCCCUCUCCACCCUCUCCCUCCUCUACCAGUUCGGAGCAGGUGAGAGGCACACCCUCCUCCCCCAGCCCGUCCCCCUGUCUUUACAAAGGGGCACAUCCCUCCUUUCGCACCCUCUGACCCCGCUGCUCUCCUCCUCCUCGUCCUCCUCUUCCUCCUCACUCCUGUCUGUGCGGCCGACGAUGAACGACUUCGCGAGGAAGGUGGAGGGGUUUUGGAUAUUGCGGGAGCUGCAGAGUUGGCUGUGGCGAUCGGCGAAGGACUUCAACCGCCUCAAGAAAAGACUAAGAGGUUGAGACACUUCAACGGGACGGGACACUGAGACAAAACACACACACACACACAAACACACGAAUGUGCAGUAUAAUGGAAAUCUUACCCAUAACGAAUUGCACAAAAUCCGGGUGGAAACAAACUGAGAGCUUUGACCGACAAACGCACAUAAACACACUCAUGCUUUAACGCAUUCAUUCAUACUGUACUGGAAUAAAUGAAUGAAGCACGAAUUGGCAGGUCACCAGAGGCGCUAAUGGAAUAUAACACACACAAAACCCAACACAUUACCAGCACUGUCACCCUCCUAAUGCACAUAGCAGCUCAUUGAGCGAGACACGCUGAGACUGGGCUGAGUUACCGGACUUCACGGCUCAUAGAUCAACAGAAAUACCACUGUAGGUGGUUAGACACAUGCACGCACGAGGGUAGACGUAGCGUCAGGCAGCGAGAGGGACAGUGCAGCCAUUGAGCGAAAACUGAUUCAGCGACCUCCAGAAGUGUGAAUCAGCAAACUUCAUUUUCUCGAAAGGCAGAAGGGAAAUUAUUCUGAAUGGGUAAAAGACAAAAGGAGAGCAGAGGGGAGGAAAUGACCAGAGGGAUGAAGAGGAGGAGAGGAAGACGCAGAAAGGGACAGGAAGACGGGAGGAGGCGUGAGUCAGGGGGUUCAGCACUGGGUAUAAUGGGCAGAGGGGUACUGCUGAGUAAUCACAAGAUGGCCGGUCAGUUACAGUAACUCUAUAAAAGCGCUACACAUACUGUCCAGACACAGAGGUGGUCAUACACAGACUCACCCUCACUGUGGUAUUUGGUGCCUUAACAAACAAUUCACUUCUUUGCUGCUUUUGAUUCAGUGCUCAUAACUUUUACCACUUUAUAAGGAUUUUAUCCCAGAGCUAGAAACAUUAUAAACAUAUUUUAUCAUGGAAUUAUUGUCCUGCAAAAACCUCAGUAAAGGUCUUCUGUAAGAAACAGUUCACACAUUUUGGGAAUUUUUUUUGGGCUUUCUUGAUUUGAUAUGCGGCGGUUAUCAACAGCCCUUGCUUUGUUCAAAUCUGUCAGUACAAUACCACUUAACAUAUUGUCUCUUGUUUGUUAGAUCAACUACAAAAGUGUGAAAGUGUCAGGUUGCCGUUCUAGAGUCUCGUUCUCACCUCAAGACUGACAGACAACCUGCCAAUCUGCAUUUCCAGCACUGAGGCCUUGUCUACGCUACUGUGGAUUUUUUGUUGAGUGGAUAUUUUCCCCCUACGUUUUUAAAAUAUCUCAGUCCACCUUUAAUUUACAAAAUAUCUCCAGACGAGAACACAAAAACAAUAACAAAUGCUCAAACAAGCUGAUAUGACAUUGUUGUUAUACUAUUGUCUCUAACACUCAUUGCACAAUGUAACACUGGGCAUAUGACUGUACCGUCAUCGUAUCGCUCUGUUUACACACACGUACGGAUUCAUACAAACCAGGCCUUUGGAAAUCUGCAAUUUGGAAGGUGUUUGUAAAACUCUCUUAAUUACUGACUUACAACACCGCCAUAAUUACGUCAUAUAAACAUUUCAUUUUGAAACCCUGUGGUAGUUCAAACUCCCUCUGAAAGCACAUUUUCACAUGUGAGCAAAGUAAACAAACAAGAUUGUUAGUUAGAGAACUUUGAAGGUUCCCAGCAGGUCCUGCUGUUGAGCUUCUUCUAUACUUCUGUGUUCUGAUGCCACAGAGUGCAGAAGCUUUGUUCAUUGGCUCCGCAGCUGCACUGUAGCUGAUAUGCACUUCCUCAAAAAUGUGACUGCACAUCAAGGCUACAGCAGCGAGACACCACAUGGUGACCACAAGAGCCGUGACUGGUCAAAACGGCCUGCUUGUGUUUUUGUCUCAAAGUUUCCAUAAGAUCAUCUGUUGAAGCCUUUUCCACUGCAGCACUUCUGCUAACCAUAACAAUGGCACUCAAUGAAAAUACUGCAAUAGUACCAUUCCUGUAGAAUACGAUUAAAGCACCACAUGACCUGGUCCUUAAUAAUACAUGUUGACGUGGUGCUAUCCAUGGGCGAAAUCUGACGCCGAACCAUAAAUCUAAAGCUACACUGUAGGUAUCUAGGACGGCACCUCCCUUCCGUUGAUCGUAAAUCUGACUUCAGUCUUUGUGCUAAGCUAAGCUCACCAUCACCUGGUUUGAGCUUUAUGUCUUAACAGGGAGACAUGAGAGUGGUAUCAGGCUGCUCGUAUAACAUUCGGAAAGAAUGCUCCCAAAAUGUCAAACUGUUCCUCUUCGUCACUUCGCACUCCUCAGCACAAAAAUUUGUUGGAUUUUUCGUCCCUCUUAAAACCAGAAAUCGAUCUCAUUCCUUUAUUUACAGAUGUUUUUUGUUUGUUUUUUCAGAAUAAAUGUAAUGCUAUGUCUUUGCAAUGUGCCUUAGAUGACGUGGCGUAAGGUUAUGGAUCAUAUCUCUAUAAUAUUUAUUGAACAAGAUGUUUAUUUAUUUUUUCUCCAGUGUGAAAAUACUGUAUUGUUACUCAAGAGAGAAUAAAUAGUAGCUUUUGUACAGA